CCCAUUGCAGGUGCGGCUGAACAGUGAGCUCUUCCAGUCCCCCGCAGAAUCGGCCUGCUUCCGAGUGUCUUUUUCGACGUGCAUAUCUGUUUUGUCGAAUUUCUCGUGUUUUGCGCGUCGCUGUGACUUUUUUCGUGUCUCCGCAAGCUUGAGAAAUGUGGAAAGAGCGACGGUGAGAUGCCGUGCAAGUGCUGUGUGCCGCGAUGCUGCGGAAACUACACCGUGGACAACAAAGUGCACGUGUUCAAGUUCCCAAAGGAUCAAACACUGAGGGGCGCAUGGAUACGCGCUGUGCCGCGGGAAGACCUCUCCGUCACCGAGAAUUCAAGGGUAUGCGAACUUCACUUCGGACAUGAGAACAUCAUCCGAGAAGCAUCGCAUACCGAUGAAAGUACUGGCCGCACCAUCACAGUGCCCUUAUCCCAUGUCCGUCUUCGCCCUGACGCUGUACCGUCGAAGUUCCCUAGCUGCCCGACCUACCUGUCUAGGGAAGCCACAAGAAGAGAAGAUCCCGACUCCAAGCGGGGGCGCAUGGAGCAUGCUCCUAUGCAAAAAGCUAUCGCGGAGUCCGAAGAGAUGUUUAACAGGGCACAUAAAGAGGACAAAGUCCAUUCUUUAGGAGAACUAAUCGGACACUUGCGGAGCAAGGAGAUGAAGUUUUGGAACAUAAUAGAAAAGAACGAAAGGCUUGUUAUUAUCCACAUCGUCGACGAUGAGGCUCCGUGGCUGAAGUACUCUGUCUGCGUAAAAGGAGACAUGAGCGCGUGGCGCUACAUGUCAUGA